AAAAUUGGAUAGACGAGAUCUAGAGACAGAAACUUCUAAGAAAAUGGUAGGGGUUUCUUGUGAACAUGAAUCAUGGGUGUCCUUCUCAACCUCGAUCGGAGAAACCGAGGACACACAGACCUUAACUGGGCCGCCGUCGAUAUCGGCGAACGGAUUCAGUCGGGAAAGUGAAGAUUGGGCAAAGGUUGAUGGCAAGAAUAACAACCAGAUCAGGAAGAAGAAGAAGAAGAAUCAGGUGUUGCUAGAGGGAUAUGUGGAGGCAGCGGAUGAGGAUGAAUUGAAGAGGACAAAGAGCUUGACGGACGACGAUCUUGACGAGUUGAAAGGGUGCUUGGAUCUGGGGUUUGGAUUUAGCUACGAGGAGAUCCCGGAGCUCUGCAACACCUUGCCUGCUCUUGAGCUUUGCUACUCCAUGUCGCAGAAGUUCAUGGAUGAACACCAGAAGUCUCCUGAGAGAUCUACGGAAGCUGUCCCUGAAACUGCUCCGAUUGCCAAUUGGAAGAUCUCCAGUCCUGGAGACCAUCCAGAAGAUGUCAAAGCAAGGCUCAAAUUUUGGGCACAGGCGGUUGCAUGCACUGUUAAGCUGUGCAGCUGAGGGAUCAAAGAAUAUUGGAUUUAUCAUCAAUGAAAAAUGGGGGGGCAAUUUUCGUGAUGGGAGUUAAUGGCCUGGAUUUUCAUGUAGGGUUUCUGCUUCACCGAUCCAUUAUGGGACUUUAUUUGGUGGAAUGAAGUUUCCUGCAAGGGAAUGGACCUGCCAAAACAUUUGACAUGGGUCGGAAAGGAGCAGGAGAAGAAGAGGCAUGAGGAGGUUUGUUUCAGGUUUGAGAAUAACUGGAUCCUUAUGAUUAUGAGUCUAAAACAUUUAUUUAUUGCUAUUAUUUUUGUAUCAGUGCAUUGAGUAUAAGUAAUGCUAUGAAUAAGGCUCAGUCAUUGUUAUCUUGUUCAUGUCCUUUAUGUUCAAUGAUUAAUAUUGUUAUGAAGUCCUCCAACCUUCUGUUGUUUGUAUGCAGUGGUGAGAGGCUUCAUUAGAGCUUUACCAACUAGUUGCAGACCUCUGCAUUUGCUGAGAUAUGGGUACCAAUUUUGCUGGUCUCGCUGAGGCAGUUUUGGAAGGGGGGAAAAGGGGGUGAAGAGUGUGAGAAGAGAAACCCAAGUUUCUCUCUCUAUUGAUUCCGGCAGUUUUCCAUUAUUCUUUAAAUUGCUGUUUCAUUGCUUGAGGCAUUUUAUGCCUGUUAGCAUCAGUGAUUUGUUUGAUGAACAAGUUCCUUGUAUUGGUUGGUUUAGAUGGCCUGCUUCUUUUAUUCUUAGAAGCAAAACUGACAUUGAAUGAUGUGUUCACAAUCACAAACUCUGUUGUUAUAUUAGAGCUUGAGACUCAUGAAUAUAGAAAGCAGAAACCGGGUGUCCUUAUGAAACACUUGUAUUCUGGGGUGAUUACUGCAUUUGAUAUAUACUUUUGGUACAUAUCAGUCUAGAUUUGUUCAAAAUUGGACAACUGAGGGAAGCACUAUUUCAGCUAAAGAAGCUGAAUUCAGUUUCUCUCCGAAAUCUAGACAGGUAAUGGGAAAAUGCAAGUUUAUUUAUCAUUAUUUAACAUCGCACGGUUGAUUGUCCGGAUUGUCUGUAUUUUCAUUAAUGUUAAUACAAUAUUCUUACAAUCAAUUAGGGGAGAAAGUCUUCAAAAUAAUUGGAAGUUUGCAAAAGGCUGGGUUUUAUUAUAGGCUGACCCACUAAAUGUAGUUGUCAAAGUGAGUUGCCAUAAUAUUAAAGAAUGAGAAUAUUGUAGACGUGGUAUCUUCUAUUGUACUAAAACCUUUCUCCAUGUGGCAUCAUCUAUUGUAUUAAAGACUUUCUCCACCUAGCCCUUAUGGAAAUAUAGUUGAGUUAUUCAU